CCUGACAGCGACAUGUAUCUCUUGGUGGCGUCUGCUCUCUUGCUGCUCGCAGGGUGCGCCUCUGCGCGGCCAGAAGCGCCUGCGCAGCAGUACGGCGCGCCAGACGCGGCUCCGUACCCUCCCUCAGGCUGGCGUCCGGAAGGUCGGCAGUUCUUCCUGCCUUCCAGGAGCUCCGGCCUGUACGCGCCGCCGCCACAGCAGUACGGCCCUCCGCCCCCGCCCGCCCCCACGACUACAGAGGCUGCCGAGACCACCACCACCGAGCUGCCCACCACCACGGCUCCCUCAGACGCGGCUGCCGGCGGCUCCCGCGCCCUGGAGUCCGGCGUGUACUACCUGCUGCAGCCGGACGGCCGCCUCCAGCGCAUCACCUACGCCCACGGGCCCGCCGCCCCCGCCUCGGCCUCCACCCCCGCCGCCUCCCCUCUGCUGCCGGAGCGGCUGUCGCUGGCCGCGGACCCCGGCUUCCUGGCGCGCUUCCACUACCAGGACCUGCUGCCUCAGGGAGCACCCGUCUUCGCAUUCCGACAGGCCGGGCUGAUGCGCAUCUUCUGAAGAACUGCGUCUUUGUGCAGAGGACUGUGCCGUGACUACAGUGCAAUGUACAUGUUACUUCAAAAGUUGACCAAUGCGUCGUCACUGUAAAGUUUGUUGCCACUGUGUGGCAUUUCCGUAUUGUGCUAAAUACGUUUUCGUGACACGGUUCAUAUGCUCUAUUUCCUGAAAUCACUACUGUCUUGGAAUGUUUUAUUAUCUGUCAUGUUACUGCCUUUUUUACAGUACAUUUAUGCACAAAAUAGAUGAAAGAAUAAAUAAA